AUGGACGGUGGGAUCAUGUGGGGGUGUGAUUGGGGGGUGGGGGGUGGGGGGUUUGUUGGGUGGUGGGGUUGGGUGUUGGGUUGGUGGGUGGGGUGGGGGGGGGGUGGAGAGGCAGCCGGCGGAUGGGGGGGGAUAGUGGGAUUUACGUUAAAUGCCGAUGAAGUGAUAACUAAAUUAGGAGUGAUUGGUUCAGAUAUGACUCACGGUUACUGUAAUUCACAUAGUGUUGUGGGGUUUGGGGGGGGGGGUUAUGUGGGGGGGGGGGUUGGGGUUGGGGGGGGGGACUUCAACGAUGUGAGUCUCUACUUGGAUCGCGUGAGGGGGGGGGGCAGGUGCACGAUUGAGGAUGGGAGAGGUGGGGGCGAGAUUGGGGGGGAGGGGGGGCGUGUUAGGAGCACGUGUAUGUUUUGGGGUGGGGGUCUGGGGGGGUGGGAGGGGGGGGGGGGGGUGGGGGGGGGGGAUUUGGGGGGGGUGGUGGGGGGGGGGGGGGGGGGGGGGGGGGGGGGGGGGGGGGGGGGGGGGGGGGGGGGGGGGGGGGGGGGGGGGGGGGGGGGGGGGGGGGGGGGGGGGGGGGGGGGGGGGGGGGGGGGGGGGGGGGGGGUGGGUGGGUGGUCGGUGGGGGGGGGCGCGGGGGGGGGCGUGGGGGAGUGGAGGGGUGAGGGGGGGGGGGGGGGGGGCGCGGGGUGGUGGGGAGGGGGUGGGGGUGGGGGGGGAGGUGGGGGGGGGGGGGGAGGGGGGGGGGAGGGUGGGUGGGGUGUGGGGAGGGGGGCGAUGGGGGGUGGGAGGUGGGGGGGUGGGGGGGGGGUGGUGGGGGGUGGGGGGGGUGGGGUGUGUGGGCGGUUGGGGGGGGAGGGGGGUUGGGGGUAUGGAGUGGGUGGUGGUCUGGUGGGUGUUGGGGUUUGUAUCUGGUUUGGUGUGGUAGUGGGGGGGUUGGGUGGGUUGAGGUGUGUGGGUGGAGUGGGGGGGGGUUGGUGGGUGUAUGGGGGCUGGUUUGGCGGGUGGGCGGUGGAGGCGUUGGGGGUGUGGCGGGGGGGUGUUGGGGUGUGGGGGAGGGGGGGGGUUGGGGUGGGGGUGUGGGUGUGGGGGUGGGGUGGGGGGGGUGGUGGGGGGGGGGGGGUGGGUUGGGGGGUUGCGGUGGGGUGUGGGGGGGGGUUGGGUGGGUGGGGGUGGGGGGUGUGGGGGUGGGGGGGGGGGUGUGUGGGUGGGGGGUUGGUGGGUGGUGGGGGGUUGUGGGGUUGGGGGGUGGGUGGGGGGGGGUUGGGGUGGGGUGGGCGGGGGGGUGGUGUUGGGGGGGGGUGGGGGGGGGGGGGGGGUGGGGGGGGGGGUGGUGGGGGUUGUGUGGGGGGGGGUGGGGGUUGGGGGUGGGGGGGGUUGGGGUGUUGUUGGGUGGGGGGGGGGGGGGGGGUGUGGGUGGGGGGUUGGUUGGUGGGGUGGGGGGGGGGGGUGGUGGUGGUGGGGGGGGGGGGGGGGGUGGUGUGGGGGGUGUGGGGGGGGUGGGUGGGGGGUGGUGGGGGGGGGGGGGGGGGGGGGGGGGGGGGGGGGGGGGGGGGGGGGGGGGGGGGGGGGGGGGGGGGGGGGGGGGGGGGGGGGGGGGGGGGGGGGGGGGGGGGGGGGGGGGGGGGGGGGGGGGGGGGGGGGGGGGGGGGGGGGGGGGGGGGGGGGGGGGGGGGGGGGGGGGGGGGGGGGGGGGGGGGGGGGGGGGGGGGGGGGGGGGGGGGGGGGGGGGGGGGGGGGUGGGGGGGGGGGGGGGGGGGGGGGGGGGGGGGGGGGGGGGGGGGGGGGGGGGGGGGGGGGGGGGGGGGGGGGGGGGGGGGGGGGGGGGGGGGGGGGGGGGGGGGGGGGGGGGGGGGGUGGGGGGGGGGGGGGGGGGGGGGGGGGGGGGGGGGGGGGGGGGGGGGGGGGGGGGGGGGGGGGGGGGGGGGGGGGGGGGGGGGGGGGGGGGGGGGGGGGGGGGGGGGGGGGGGGGGGGGGGGGGGGGGGGGGGGGGGGGGGGGGGGGGGGGGGGGGGGGGGGGGGGGGGGGGGGGGGGGGGGGGGGGGGGGGGGGGGGGGGGGGGGGGGGGGGGGGGGGGGGGGGGGGGGGGGGGGGGGGGGGGGGGGGGGUGGGGGGGGGGGGGGGGGGGGGGGGGGGGGGGGGGGGGGGGGGGGGGGGGGGGGGGGGGGGGGGGGGGGGGGGGGGGGGGGGGGGGGGGGGGGGGGGGGGGGGGGGGGGGGGGGGGGGGGGGGGGGGGGGGGGGGGGGGGGGGGGGGGGGGGGGGGGGGGGGGGGGGGGGGGGGGGGGGUGGGGGGGGGGGGGGGGGGGGGGGGGGGGGGGGGGGGGGGGGGGGGGGGGGGGGGGGGGGGGGGGGGGGGGGGGGGGGGGGGGGGGGGGGGGGGGGGGGGGGGGGGGGGGGGGGGGGGGGGGGGGGGGGGGGGGGGGGGGGGGGGGGGGGGGGGGGGGGGGGGGGGGGGGGGGGGGGGGGGGGGGGGGGGGGGGGGGGGGGGGGGGGGAGGGGGGGAGGGGGGGGGAGGGGUGGUGGGGGGGUGGGGGGGGUUGUGGGGGUGGGGGGUGGGGUGUGGGGUGGUGUGGGGGGGGGGUUGGGGGGGGGGGUGGGGGGGGGGGGGGGGGGGGGGGGGGGGGGGGGGGGGGGGGGGGGGGGGGGGGGGGGGGGGGGGGGGGGGGGGGGGGGGGGGGGGGGGGGGGGGGGGGGGGGGGGGGGGGGGGGGGGGGGGGGGGGGGGGGGGGGGGGGGGGGGGUGGGGGGGGGGGGGGGGGGGGGGGGGGGGGGGGGGGGGGGGGGGGGGGGGGGGGGGGGGGGGGGGGGGGGGGGGGGGGGGGGGGGGGGGGGGGGGGGGGGGGGGGGGGGGGGGGGGGGGGGAGGUGGUCUUAA